AGAUAAGAGAAGCUUGCAUGGGGACAUUUGUAGGGCACUUUGUACCUGCUUUGGCUUUAAUCCUCCUUGGAUUAUGGCACUCCGUUAACACUAUCCGAGCCUACUGCCUGAGAGGCUCUACUAACUUUACUGUAAAGUUUUGGUACCCAUUUUACGGCCCUUUUUCAUGUAUCAAAUGUUUGGAGCUUAUCUUCAUCCUAUCUUUCUCCAUCUUUGCAAUUUUUAUGCAACUUUUGGACUUCCCGUACCUCCACUUUGCUUUCAAGCUUGACAACUUUGAACAUGCAACCAUGUUUCUCCAUCUUGCAAUAUUUGCAGGUUUCACACUUUCUGCAGAGAUAACCUGUUCAUCUGAUAUCCUUUCCGGGGUCAGUGGAAUCCUUGCAACCUCUGUUUUUGGUCAAGAACUUUUCCUUCUCCAUUUCCAUUCAACUGACCAUGUUGGACUUGAAGGUCAUUAUCAUUGGCUCUUGCAGCUUAUAGUGUUCGUUUCUCUUGUGUCAGCUUUAGCGGCAACUACUUUUCCGUCCAAUUUUCCUGCAGCUCUCAUUCUUUCAAUUUCUGUUGUAUUUCAAGGGUGUUGGUUUAUGAUUAUGGGUUUUGUGCUAUGGAUUCCUGAAUUUAUACCUGAAGGUUGUGUUACACAGUUGUCUGUGGCCAGCUCAAAUGACAUGCAUGGAGCAAUUGCAUGCAGAUCUGUUGAUGCAGAACUAAAGGCUAGAGCACUGGCCAACUUGCAAUUCAGUUGGAUACUCUCUGGAAUUUUGUUGUUCAUUGGGUGUGUAUGCCUGAAAUUAGCUGCAAGAUGUGCACUGAGGGGUCAGUCAACUGAGUAUGAGCAACUCUGCGUUAGAGGUACAGAUGUCCCUAUAGCCAUUGAUAGCUUCAAACAAGCUCAUCCUUGAGAUAUUGUAUUAUGAUGAGAAGGGCAUCUACAUGCCCAUUGUCAACAGUUUGAUUCUCCUGUCUGUUAAACUUGUUGUCAGCGCUUAUCAUAUAUGCUCAUAUUUUUAUGAGUUUUGUACGUGUUAGGCCCUUCUGAAUCCGAAGUGGGAUUGAAACAGUAUGGCUUCUCUUAACAGGGAUAGGAUACUUUUCGGGUCAGCUUUUAUAUAGUAAAGUAGAUGUAACUUUUGGAAUUGCAAAUAAGCCCUGGCUGACAAGUCAUUCCAGUCGUCCUCACAAAACUAUCUAGCUUGUAGUUCUGUUUCUCUCAUGUGUUAUAUAACUAAGCUCUGGUUAAAAUAUGGAGCAUUUAUGA